AUGGAACCUGAAGAAAAAGUUCAUCAUCAUCAACAUAAAAAUGUUCAAUAUACAAAUUCAUCUUUUGCUGUUCUAUUGUCUGCCUUUUGUUCAUUGGCUGGAUGGUUUUUUGGAUAUGAUCAAGGUGUUACUGGUGGUAUAGUUGUCAUGAGUUCAUUUAAAAACGAGUUUUGUGUUGGUGUAUAUGCCAAUACAACUGUUUGUGACCUUCCAGUAGCUGCGUUGCCUUCAGAUUACAGAAGAUUUUUAGUACUAUUUACUUUUAUGUAUAAUGUCGGAUGUUUUAUUGGUGCUAUGUUUAUUUCUUCAUUUGUGGCAGAAAAAUUUGGACGUCGAGCAAUUAUUUUCACUUCAGCAGUUCUGUUUUUAAUUGGGACCUCAAUAGUUAUUUUUCCACCAGGAGGUUCCAAAAAGAUAAUGAUUUUGAUACUUAUUGAACGGAUUAUCGAAGGAACAGGCGUUGGUUGUUCUUCAUUUUCUUGUCCAUUAUAUGCUUCCGAAAUAGCUCCAACAAAUCUACGUGGAAUGCUUUUCGGUUUCAUGCAAAUGACUGUGGUAACUGGUUUGUUUGCUGUCAAUGUGCGUAUUCGUCAAACAGACGAUGUAACUGCUGAAUUAGAUGCUAUUGCUGAUGCUAUACAAGAAGAAGGUGAUCACUUUUCAAUCACAGAACUAUGCACAACAAAGAAAAUGCUUGAAAGACUUGGUGUGGGGGUAGCCAUGCAUAUUUUACAACAAACAACGGGUAUUAAUCCUGUAUUUAAUUUUGGUGGUAUUAUAUAUCAAAGUGUUCUUGGAAAAGGCAUCAUAUCAUUAUUGAUUUUGUCUGGUGCAAAUAUGUUAAGCACAAUACCAGCCUUAUUCUUAUUUGAUAGACUAGGACGUCGAAAACUUCUUAUAUUUGGUGGCUUAGGCAUGGCAGUUGGCCAUUUUCUAGCAGCAACAGUAUUUGCCACGGGUUGUGACGUAAUCAAAACUAUCAUCAAUGGUACUAUAGUAAAUGAAGAAACUGUGAGUUGUCAAACAAGUUCUGGUAUAUAUAUGCUUUUCUUUACAGCUAUUUUUGUAUGUUUUUUUGCACUCUCUUGGGGACCAGUCGCUUGGAUUUAUGCAGCUGAGAUUUUUCCUCUUAAUAUUCGAGCUAGAGCUGUUCCAAUAACGACAGGGAGCAAUUGA